GUACUUAAACAUACUUAGCAUAGUACUAGAAAUGAUAAAAAAGAUUAAGGAUUUUCUUUGAAACAAGUUAACAUUACAGUAAAGAAAGGAAGAAGGAUGAAAAGAAGGCUAUACUUAUUCCAAUGGUGUGUGUUUGUUCUUAUACCAUUAAUAUUCUUAAUAAUGCAAUUUUAUUCUUCUCUCUUUUCAGUGUUCAAUGACACAUUUCAAUACACCUCAGCUCUCACUUCUCUCACUAAUCUCUAUCUGCCUCCACCUCAACCUCCAUAUUACCUCUUAUCUUUCUGUUUCAACAAUUUUUAGUCUAAUUGAUGUCCUGCAAUGGUAUGGCCUCAUCAUCCUCUUCCUUCUUCUCCUCAAAUUUUGUGUUACCAAUGCAAACCCUUCAUGAAGAACAGCACCAAAUUCCCAACCCCGUUAGUCCGCAUCCUCACACCAUCCCAUGCAAUAAUCUCCAAGACCUCAGAGUCAUGGCUCCAAUGCUUGGGAAGAGAUCCAUGUCCUUCUCGGGGAUCGAGAAUGGUGAAGAGAUGAAUGCCGACGAUGACUUGUCGGAUGAUGGCAUGCAGACAGGCGAGAAGAAGAGGAGGCUCAAGAUGGAGCAGGUGAGGACACUGGAGAAGAGCUUCGAGCAGGGGAACAAGCUGGAGCCUGAGAGAAAGAUGCAGCUGGCAGGAGCACUUGGGCUGCAACCAAGGCAGGUAGCCAUUUGGUUCCAGAACAGGAGGGCCAGGUGGAAGACCAAACAACUGGAGAAGGAUUAUGAUGUUCUGAAGAGGCAGUUUGAGGCCAUGAAAUCAGAAAAUGAGAGCUUGCAUGAACAGAACAAGAAGCUCCAAGCUGAGAUCUUGUCUCUGAAAAGAAGAGAGACAUCAGAGAUGAUCAACCUCAACAAGGAGACUGAAGGUUCAAGCAGCAAUAGAAGUGAGAACAGCUCUGAGAUCAACUUGGAUCUCUCGAGAGCAUCAGUCACAGAGAGCCCGUUGAAUCCCAACCAAAGCCUGCCCUUCUUUCACUCAGUUAGACCAGCUGAUGUUGACCACCUCCUCCUCCAUAGUUCUUCAAGGCCAGAGCUGCAAUGCCCCAAAAUAGACCAUGGCGUCACGGAAGGAAGCUUUAGCAACUUGUUGUGCAGCAUGGAAGACCAAUCUGCCUCCUUCUGGUCAUGGUGUUCUCAGGAAAGUUCAGCUGCAAGAGUUGAGCUUUACCGACACCAACCUGGCCUUGAGACCCAAAAGACUUAUAAUCAAGAUCAUCGGAUGUAAGUUGUAACUAUUCUAAAGUAUAUGCUGUUUGAGAUAAAGAGAGAGACACGGGGAGAGAGAGAGACUAUGAGAUGGAAAGAGCAUGCAAGUGAAAGCAAAGAACAUGAGGAAGACAACGAGGUGUUUGGGUUUGGUAGUAAAAUCCUGCAGAUAAUGGAAGGCAACCUCACAAGAAAAGUCCUACUUUUGAUAUAAAGAGGGGCAUGUGAUUCACUGUCCAUCUCCCAUUCUGCAAACUUUUGUGAUGAUGGUGCAACUGCAAAGUCUUGUUCAGAACUUUGCAAGCUUAUUCUGAGCUCUUCUGUUCUUUUGUGGGAGCUGGAAAUUAUUUUUUACUGUUCAGGAACACCUGAUUGACUGACUGAAGAAAAGAACUCACUGAAUCAGUGGAUAACAACAAUGUCAAGAACCAAUCUUAAGUAUCAUUGUAAUACUACUGUUGUUAAAACUUCUACUUUAUGUUUAUGGCUGAAACAAUUGUCUAAAUCUCCAGGGAGGGUGUGAAGAAUAAUAAGAUGUUGAAUUCCA